AUGCAAAAAAAAAAACGAGGACGACCAAAAAAAUAAUAACAAAAAUAAUAAAAUGUCAGUCCAACCCACCGAUCAAUCUCUCUUAGAGAUAGUAAAUAGCAAGAUCGCUAAUGUACCACACCUUAGUAUGACAAGAUCAUGGCCCAAAUCAAAGAGACUUAUGCCUCCUUAAAUGAUGCCAAACUCCAAAAGUAGCAAACAUCACCAUCUCAAAAAAAGACACAAAAAAUUGACAAAGCCAAUAAAAAGUUGAAACGAAUUUCCAGGCAUACCAGAAAACCAAUCACAAAAGAGUAGAAGGUUAAGGUGGAAUCUCAGGAAUUAUAAGAGAAUGUAGAAAAACUCAAAGCCAAGUUUAGUCAAAUAUUUAAGAAAUUUAUCGAAAAUGUAAAGGGAGAAAUUCUAAAGACCGAAUAGGAGUUAUUGAAAAUAUCACAUCAUAAUUUCUGA